AUGGAACCGGCCAUUUCCGUGCCGGAUUGUUCGACCUGGGUACAUUUAGAUCAAGUUAAAAUUGAAAAUGAACUUAUUGAAUUUAAUGAAAUAACAACUAAUAAAAUAAAAUUAUUAGUUCAGAAACUGAUGGACACAAUCAACCAUGAUCGUGCAUCUUCAUACUAUGCUCCGGCAUCAAAUCAUACUUCAACAUCAUCGUAUGGUACGGCAUCAAAUUAUACUGCAACAUCAUACUAUGCUCCAACACAAAUGAUCUAA